AUGACUUACGAGACUAUGGCUGAGGCCAGGGAUCGGCCCCACUGUCUAAUCCCCGUCUCAUUCACGGUAUCGGAUGAGGAGACCUACGAACUCAAGAGUAUUAAGUUGUGUCCACACGAAGACCCCAAUGAAAACACUACAGACAGCACUCGAUCGGCCACACAAAACACCCGGUGCUAUAAGUUUACAGAUGGCAACAUAGCCUUGAAUAUCAUUGAUACCCCGGGUAUUGCCGAUACGGAAGGUAUUGAAAGGGAUAAUAAAAACAUGGAAAACCUCUUGCAUUUUAUAUCCAAUUAUCGCGAGAUUAACGCUAUUUGUGUGCUCCUGAAGCCUAACAACGCUAGAGUUGACGCGAUUUUCAAUCACUUGAAUAAGUCUGCGGCCGAUAACAUACUGUUCCUCUUCACCAAUGCCCGGUCCACUCAAUACGCACCGGGAGAGUCGGGGCCCUCAUUAAAGGCGUUAUUAGAGACAUUGAAAACCAAUACCCCAAAUGUGGACAUACCUUAUAAUCGGAGCACAAUAUAUUGCUUCGAUAACGAGGCAUUCAGAUACCUAGUGGCUACCGUUCCCCCGAAUGAUAUGGUGUUUAGCGAGGAUUUAACCCAGGAAUACAUUAGGAGUUGGCAACAAUCAGUUAAUGAGUGCGAUCGUCUAUUGGAGCGCAUAGUAUCCCUAAAACCACAUCAAGUGAUGGACACACUGUCCCUCAAUAACGCCAAACAAAAUAUCCAGCUAUUGAUUGAGCCAUUGGUCGAUAUAUCGAAAAAUAUCGCCGAAAAUAUAAUUGAAUGUGAGAAACAGAUGAGUAAAUUAGAGAAAUAUAAUGGAAACAUACAGGAGCUGGAAAGAGAACUGUACAUUCCGUAUCUGGAUAUGGUACCUAAGCGAUUGGAUCACCCUAAUACGGUAUGCACCGCUAAAGGGUGUUACGAAAAUCAACCUAUCCCUGGUACAUCAAACACGCGCCCCGUUUACCCUAGACCUUGCCAUUCACCAUGCUACGUGUCGUGCGGUAGUGGUAAUAUAUUAGGCAAUAGAAGUUUGCUUGAUUGUCGAGCGUUUAAUCGUUACUCAAAAAUGUCCAUCUGGUCCAUCAAUUACAUUGGUCUAACCGUGUUGUACCCCGAUUUCGGCCCUGAACGGAUUAAAAAACCACUAAAACGUGAAGUAGUGGAAAAGUGUCAAAGUUGUAAUCAUAGCUACAUGGAACAUAAACACGUGUAUUACGAAUAUGAAGUGGGUAUUGCUAAAUCCAGUGAUGAAUCCAAACGUCUAACUACUAAUACGGAGGCUUUAGAGGCCCAGCAAUUGCAAUUAAAGGAACUAAAGGGAAAAGUUGAUGAAUUAACCACUGAAAGCACCUUAAUAAUCAGAAAAAUCGCAAGAAACAUGUUAUUCAUUGUGUCCGCAUUCAUGGAGCAGCUCAAUGUGACUUCGCGAAUAAAACCCAACCUCCCGGUGCUGACACUCAACGCAUCCACGUCCAGGACUACUGAACUAGACGGUUGUAUAUCCCUGGAGGACAUCGAUAAGAAAAUCUAUGAGUUGUGUGGACUCAAGUGGAACGAGGGGCUCAUUACGAAGAUGUUGGCAGAUCAGCAACAGUACAUCGGACACGCAAUUGCUAAGUAA